AUUUUUUAUUAUUUUUCCAUAAAAAUGUUUUAGCUUUUGUAAAAUAGUUUAAAGGGAUGGAUUCUGGUGAGAAUCCUCAGUUGUUCUCCGGAAAGAAUCCGGGAGAUGUUAAAAAGUUGGAUAUCAUAAAUGUGAAGAAAUUUGUUCAAUCUCGGGCCCAGGAGAUAGAAGAAGUCUUCACUUUACUUAAGAAAAAUGACAGACAGCAGCGAAUUUUCCAAAAACUACCCUUUGUGAUGAGAAGAAGAGCCAUGUCUCACAAUCCUUUCAAGAUUCCUAAGAAUAUCCGGGCGCACAUUCUCAGAGAAAUGGCUAAAAACACUCCAAAAGUUUCUAAGAGGAUUAGAAAGGAUAGGAGACGAAAGCUGAAUAGAUUAGAAGAAUAUCAACAAAGAUGUAGCAGGAAUAAGUGGCUUGAAACACAUUUAUAUCAUGCAAAAAGGUUUAAAAUGGAUAGUGUUUGGGGUUACAGGUUGGCGAUUACACCAACUCAGAAAUCAAAACGACGUUUUUUACGUUAUUUGAAGCAUAAAUGUGUUAUUCACGAUAGGUCCUACGUGGAGGUUAUAUCAGUCUCUGGUGACUUGGACCAAAUGAAGAAAACAUUUAAAAAUGUUUUUUCUGACUCUUUUCUUAUGUUCCAAGACAUUUAUACCACUGGUGCUACCAGAGGAACAUCAUUCUGUUACUCAGACCAUGGAGAUUGUGAGUCAGAUGAUAAUCCAAAUCAGAAUAUGUUAACGAAUUUGAUAGCCCCUGUAAAUUACAUUUGGUUGCCCCCAAAAGGUCAAGUAAGGACAAUUUGGUUAUUUGUUCAUCCAAUCUCAAAAUUAGAGCUGUACAAUAUAUUGUUAAAGGAUGAAAAUUUGAAAGUUCAAAAUGUUGAUAAUUUGGUAAAAUUUGAGCUUUUUGGGCCACUUUCACUAUUGUUAUUAAAAAAAGUUUUAAAAGUUGACCCCAACUAUUCAGUAUCCAACAGGCUAUGGUCAUCGAUUUCUGUUGAUACUAGUACGGGUUCACCCAUACACGGAAUUAAUUGUCAUUCUUUUGUAUUACCUCUUUCAAUUACAGUACCCCAGGUAUUUGGUACUAGAAUACCAUUUGAUUUAUCAAAAGCAAGAUGUGCGAAUGAGAAGUUAAAAGUUCAACUCCCUCUAAAUGAACAAGAGAAAGAAGAUUUAAAUAUAGAAAGAUUAAGAUUUUAUGAUCAUAAAUCUGAAAAUAAAGUGUUAAACGGGAAUCCCUUACCAAGAAAUAGGAAAAGAAAAGAUUAUUCCAAACUUAUAGAUAAAUUAUUAGACUCUAUGAAGCAUCCUAAUAAUACCACAAACAAGAUAGAAAAUGUUGAUAUCACUCGAAUUGGUGAUAUCAAAGAGGAGGAAGUGGAUGAAAAGAUGCAAUCGGCUAAAAUACCAAUAUUGGUAAUAUUCAGGAAUUCGGACCCUUGUGGAGUAGAUUUACUGAUACCACCAAACAGUAACUCAAACAAGCUUUGGAUAUUACUUAAUCGAUUUGGUGGGUUAAGUAUAGGAUUGGAUGAAAGAAGGCACUUGAUGAACCAUUUCCAGAUUCCCUCAUUCCCUCAUGAUUUCCCAGAAACAGAAUUAGGACAACUUUACUACAAAAACCUGUUCAAAACUGAGUCUAUGAAGUAUGCAAUGAGGCCUGCAAACAAGAGAGUGAAUUAUUCAUUCCUGGGAGUAGACAACGCAUUUGUAUUACCAGUAAAUUUGGAGGAGCAGAAGGUUAACUUUUCUCCAGACCUACCUGUUUCAAACCUGAAAACAACUCAGCAGUGUUUGUUCAAGAGCAGGCAUCUUCUGUUAACCUCGCUUUGUUCAGGGUUAUAUCACGAACCAGGAGAAAAGAGUUUAAAAGUACUUAGACUUAGUUACUUUUGCAACAACUCUCAUAAUCUUUAUGUCCAAAGAUUGUUAAACAAGUUACUUAAUCGGAAUAAUCUGGAAGAAUUUAAAAAAACAAUAAAUGAAGACUAUUAUGUAACUGUUAAGCUAGAAUCUUCCAAAGGAUCGCUUAACUUUUUGACAAGAUUGUAUGAAGUUGAGUUCAAUGAUUUAAAUACGGUCGAUUCAGAGGCAUUCAAGGCGAUUUUCUGGAGAAAAAAUCAGGAAAUUAGAGGUUAUAUGAGAGUAAAAGAACCAUUUCACAGAGAAUAUAAAAUGUCAAAUUUAAAGAACAUGUUAGAGGCUAUGAAUUCAAAACAACUAAAUCAAGCAGUUGUUCAGUCUACUUUGGAUCAAUUAAACCACCAAGGGAUGGUAAAUUCAAGAAAGUUAAUGGGAUUCAUAACAUCUAAGGGCUUGGUAGAUACUGGAGUUGGAUGUGUAAAAUUAAGUCAGUUUAUGAAUAGCUUACAUAUUUGUUUGGAACACCUGAAGGAUGAAAAUAUUAAAGUGAAGACUAGUUUGGAAAAUUUAAGGGUGCCGAUUUGGUUUAGAGAUCGAGGAUCAAGAGAAUAUUACCUAGGAAUAGCUUCUUUACUGUUUCACGAUUCCCUGACUGGGAUAUUUUAAUUUUUUGUCUGAGGAA